UAGAAAUUUUAAUAUGUACUUUUUGUGAAUUUAAAAAUGUUUAAAGAAAAGUUCAAAUACUACAAACGAAAAUCACCUGUUCCAGAUUUUGGCUCUGUUAUAGAUCUGGAUAAAAAUCUCCAAGAAUUUGCCGCACAUGUACACCAAGUCGACUUAUCUCACAGACAAGAUGUGAAUGAACAGUUUCCAGGUCUGGAACCUAUAAACAAGUGGCUCUGUUAUACUCUCAACUCCUCAGGUGCUAUUGUAAUAAGAAAUCCAUUCACCGUGCAAGGCCAACGUUACUGGAUGGCUCGUUGUUUAAAAGACUACCCACAAACUCCAAAUAUAAAUAAUUUAAGUCCACAACUCUUUCCCAUAGAAGUGCUAGAUGAUUGGUGGCGAUCUUUACAACAAUGCACUGACAUAGAUGAAAUACGUCGUAUGAACAUCUCAAUGAGGUGGACUACUCUUGGAUACCACCAUGAUUGGGAUUCUAAAAAGUACUCUGAAGAAAAGCGUGGGGAGUUCCCAAAAGAUCUUGCCUCAUUAAGUGCACACUUUGCUUCGGUUUUAGGAUUUAAAUUGUAUGAAGCACAAGCAGCAAUUGUAAAUUUUUACCCAAUCGGCACAACCCUUUCUGCUCAUACAGAUCAUUCAGAACCUAAUCGAACAGCUCCAUUGUUCUCUUUUAGUUUUGGACAAACUGCGAUAUUUUUAAUUGGUGGAAGAACAAAAGAAAUGUGUCCAUUAGCAGUAUAUUUACGUAGUGGAGAUGUGCUCAUUAUGUCUGGUGAAUCCCGUUUAUGCUAUCAUGCUGUUCCACGUGUAAUGAAAGCUCGUGAUGAACCUUGGAACAAUUUUGUUCAUACAGAAAGUUCAAUAUCAAUAAGUUCGCCCAGCUGUAAAAGGGCCCGAAUAGAUUCUACGCUAGUUGAAAAAGUUAAUACAUAUGGUAUAGAUACAACAUUAUAUAAAAAAGUAAUUGACGAAGCAUUUUGGUUACCAUUUAAAAGCUACCUUAAUUAUGCGCGCAUCAACAUUAAUGUGAGACAAGUAUUAAAUGCUGGUGAAACCAGGUUACCAAGUUUGGAUAGUAACACUGAAGAUAUAAAAAACACGAAUGCCAUUAGUAAUGACAGAUAAUCUUUUUUAGUAUUACUAUAAUAAUACAUGUAAGAGGUGUAUGUUACUAGUUUAAAUGUAAAUAUAUAUAUUACUUUCAACAAAAA